CGUAUUUUUAGAUGUAUUUUGGUGCUGGAUGAAGCAAAAUUACCAUACGCUGAUCCACCUCUUCUAAACCGUUUCGAAAAACAAAAGCUUACACUUGAAGAAACUCUAUCAAAAAGCUUUGAAACGCUACAAAGUUUAGUUGUGGAUCAAUGCGAAAGAAAUAAAGAUUAUGAUGACGACAUGAUCAUUUGUUCUUGCAAGGAAGCCAUGAUUUCAACUGCCACCUUGGAUGGAAUUAUAAGAGCUGACAAAUCAUUCCUGAAAUCAAGUGAUGCUCAGGAAAACGAUCUAGUGAUCAUAAAUACUUUUUCUAAUAUCAAUAUUGAUGUAAUGUUAUGUUUGAGGGAAAUUAAUCUGAAUUGUCAAAUUGAUAAACUUUCAACUUUUAAGUCCGAAGCCGAGCUUCAAAACCGAGUUAAGCGUUUUUAUGAGUCCGAUCAAGAUAUGUAUAUCUUGCAAUGUGAUUCUUUGUCUACAAAUGCAGGAUGCAUUAGAUUGGCAAAGUUUAUAAUCGAACAGCAUCGAAAUAAAUUUUUAGACAGAGAAAGUCGGCAGAAUAUCAACAAAUUAGUUAAACGCGCAUGCAUUAUUCUUCAUUUUAAUCGACAAUCUAGUGAGGAAAAUACAAAUAUAUUUAAUUUUAUGUGUGGUUGGACUCAGAUUACCAUUGAAAGCUUAAUUGCGCCAGAAAAACCGCUUUCAUUCUUUCUUAACUCAACAAUUGGUAAAAUACUUAAUGGAAAGCUUUCAUUUGAACAAAUCUUAAAUCAAGAGUUACGUUGGUGUUUACUUUGUAUGAAACAUCCUACAUCAAAAAAAUCCAUAGAACAUAUAAGAAAAUUACUAGACGAAAUUCCAAAAUGCAAGAAGCUCAUUAACUGUUUAAAAAUACGAACGGAAGAAUGGUUGCAGGUCGAUUCAUCAGAUAAAUGGCAAUUAAGUAUCGCACUAGAUAAAAAAUUUUUGUCAUUAUAUCCUUCUUUUUACGUGGCCCUUGAGACAUAUAUACGAUUACUGGUUCGAAAGCCUAUUGCUAAAUUACUUUAUAUUCUAGACAAAUAUUAUGCAAUAACGCCAUUUUUUUCAUGGGAUGAUGAGGAUGAUUUAUUUAAGUUUUGGAUGCAAAUAUUUGAAAACAAGAAGAUUGUAAACAUUGAUGAAGCACUUACAGAUCCUGAACCAAAUCUUUAUAACAUCCCGGGAUAUUAUUUGGAUCUUCAAUUCCCUUUUUCAUAUUAUUUCAUGGAACAAAUUGAUCAAUAUAAAAGACUUUAUCAAGAAGGACUAGAAAGUUUGUAUGAACAACCUGAAAAUUUGGAUAAUGAUGAUAAUUUGUAUCCAGAAGUAAUGGAACAAUUUGUUGAAAAAUUUUCAACAAAUAUUCAAAAUAUGAUCACAACGUUGAUAUCAGAAAUAUUACAAUUUGCUAGACAUUUAUACUUUGAAGAUUUUAUAAAAACUUGCUCUGCUAAUACGGGACAUGUGAAUGAAUCUGAUGUGAAACUACUAGAAUUUAUUUUCCGUCGUUUAUGUAACAAUGAAAUAAUAAAUGAUCCCGUUAAAUUGCACAUAUUUUGGUGGGAUAACUCCGAUUCUAUUAUCGCUGGACUAGAAUUAGCUCGAAUGUGUUCUUCGAUCACAGAACUUGAAUCUAAUUUAGCUGAAGGUGAUCACUUUGGAGAUUAUGUUAUAAACGAGAUAGCUAAAUUGAUGCUUGGAAAGAUUACGGUAUUGCAAGAUGAAGCUGUAGAUGAAUUAAUUAUUGCAAAUUAUUUAGAUGAAUGGCAACGACAAGUCAUUAAUGUUUUAUCAUUAUGUGCCAAUAUUGAGAACUCUUUAGAAUCCAAAAUUCUUCAAUUUUUACGUAUAUGUAAUGAUCUGGAACCUGAUCCGAUAAAUAUUCUUUCUCAAGAAUUUAUUGACAGUGUUAUGAAACUUUUUGAUAUGUCAGCUACAGAACGAAACAAUACAUUACAAUGUUCUUUCUUUCGUCGAUGUUUUGACAUAAUUCCAAUAGACUCACCAGUGC